AUGUCAGCCCUACGGAUACUGGUGCCCGUGAAGCGGGUAAUCGACUAUGCGGUCAAGCCCCGAGUCAACAAGGCCCAGACGGGUGUCGAGACGGCCGGCGUCAAGCACAGCAUGAACCCCUUCGACGAGCUGUCGGUCGAGGAGAGCGUGCGCAUCCGCGAGAAGCGAUCGGCCCCCGGCGGCGUCCAGGACAUCUGCGUCAUCAGCGCCGGCCCGACCAAAGCCCAGGACAUUCUGCGCACCGCCAUGGCCAUGGGCGCCGACCGUGCCAUCCACGUCGAGGUCAAGGAGGGUGAGGACCUCGAGCCCCUAAGCGUCGCCAAGCUGCUCAAGGCCGCCGUCGAGCAGCACAAGAGCAACCUCGUCAUCCUCGGCAAGCAGAGCAUCGACGACGACGCCAACCAGACGGGCCAGAUGCUCGCCGGCCUGCUGGGCUGGCCCCAGGCCACCCAGGCUAGCAAGGUCGAGUUCGGCGAGAACGACUCAGUCAGCGUCACCCGCGAAGUCGACGGCGGCGCCGAGACCCUCAAGGCCAAGCUGCCCAUGAUCAUCACGACGGACCUGCGUCUCAACGAGCCCAGAUACGCCAGCCUCCCCAACAUCAUGAAGGCCAAGAAGAAGCCGCUAGAGAAGAAGACGCUCGCAGACUUUGGAAUCACAAGCGAGAGGCGGCUGAAAGUGCUCAAGGUCACAGAACCACCACCGAGGCAAGGCGGAGGCAAGGUCGAGAAUGUGGAUGGGCUAAUUGCAAAGCUCAAGGAACUUGGCGCUCUCUAG